UCCAGUCGUUCGGUGCAAUAUUGCGAGGCUCUUUUCAAUUCGUGGGCGGUCCGGUUCGGGUAAUAUUACAACUAAUGCUGUAAAGAAAGGAAAAAAUAUAUAAUAAGGUGCAGUGACAUAGACAAAAGGUCUUUAAAUUUGGAGAUUUCAGCAAGUUUUUGAGAUAUUCGUGGGAAUUGAGUGUCUGUUAACCUCACGGUGCGUAAUUCGGUGAUUCAAUGAGGUCGGGUGUAGCCCUGACUUAUGGUCGUGGGCAGGUCGUGGUCUAUAUCAGGGCUCGCAGUUGAACAGUGAUGUCCUUGCUUUUGAAGUGCUGGAGAUAUAUCUUGGGAAAGAUUUAUCGGGCCUGCGAUAUUGAAUGAAUGCUUCGACGAGGCUUUGAGGAGACUAAAAACUAGACAAAAGUUUAUCCUUUCGGAGUUUUCUGUUCUUUGACCGCUUCUUAUGCUUUUUAUUUGUGUCGCGAGUUUCCAAAAAUAUAUUCUGUGAAUUUGCAAUUUCGUCCCGGUUUUUGGUUUCAUUGAAUCGUUGGCAUCGCAACAUUGUCUGUUUUGUCUGUUUGAAUUUUGUCGGUUGGUCCGUGUCCUUUUUCGUGUGCAACUGAGAUCGUAUCUGCAUCAGGUGAAAAUCAAGAUUAAAGUAAGAUAAAUCUUUCUCGUUUUUGGCGCGUUUAUUGUUCCCAAGUGUGUUAUAUAUAUGUGUGUGCUUGAAGUGAGAUGUGAGAUGAAGUGAAAUACAGUGAAUGCUAUAGUUCAUCGAACAAGCUUGCAGAACGUUAGCUAAGGAUCUCGUGCUAGAAGAAAAUUCCGAAAAUUUCGGCAGCUAUAGGUCAAACACGUGGAAAACUUAUUAAAAAAGAUAUGACAUGUGGUGGUGCUGUGACAUUUUGGAUAUUAUUAAUUUUAGUUUUUAGCCUGAAAACUGAUUUGAUCACGGGACGACCGGAUGAACUGCACAUAGGUGGAAUAUUUCCAUUAGCUGGGAAAGGUGGAUGGCAGGGCGGCCAGGCAUGCAUGCCGGCUGCAAAGCUGGCAUUGGAUGACGUGAAUAUGGAGGAUAAUUUAUUGCCAGGAUUUAAACUUAUUCUGCAUAGCAACGAUAGUGAGUGUGAGCCGGGGCUCGGCGCGAGUGUGAUGUAUAAUCUCCUGUACAAUCGUCCCCAAAAGCUUAUGCUUCUAGCGGGAUGUAGUACGGUUUGUACAACAGUUGCCGAAGCGGCAAAAAUGUGGAACCUGAUUGUGCUUUGUUACGGUGCAUCAAGUCCUGCAUUAUCGGAUCGUAGUCGUUUUCCAACACUUUUUCGUACACACCCGUCAGCCACCGUACAUAAUCCAACAAGGAUUAAGCUUAUGAAAAAAUUUGGAUGGUCACGUGUAGCCAUCCUGCAGCAAGCCGAGGAGGUCUUUAUUUCGACGGUUGAAGACCUCGAGAAUCGAUGCAUGGAAUCAGGCAUCGAAAUUGUAACUAGACAAUCAUUUUUAUCGGAUCCUGCCGAUGCCGUACGUAAUUUGAGACGACAGGAUGCUAGGAUAAUUGUAGGACUUUUUUAUGUAGUUGCGGCACGACGUGUGCUGUGUGAAAUGUAUAAACAAAAUUUAUAUGGACGAGCCUAUGUGUGGUUUUUUAUUGGUUGGUACGAGGACAACUGGUACGAAGUGAAUUUGGAAAAUGAGAAUAUUUCGUGUACGAGAGAACAAAUGAAACAGGCGGCCGAAGGACAUCUUACCACCGAGGCACUGAUGUGGAAUCAGAAUAACCAUCAGAAGACAAUAUCGGGAAUGUCAUCGGAGGAUUUCAGACAACGUCUGAAUGAGGCACUCAUCAACGAAGGAUAUGACAUAAGUCACAAUCGUUAUCCGGAGGGAUACCAAGAAGCCCCCCUGGCUUAUGAUGCCGUUUGGAGUGUGGCGCUUGCAUUUAAUAAAACAAUGGAACGUCUGAAAGAACGUGGACGUUCCCUUAAGGAUUUUACGUAUACGGAUAAGGAUAUAGCAGACGAAAUAUACGCAGCCAUGAACUCGACACAAUUCCUCGGUGUUUCGGGUGUGGUGGCUUUCAGCUCACAGGGGGAUCGUAUCGCCCUAACACAAGUCGAACAAAUGAUCAACGGACAAUAUAUCAAACUAGGAUACUACGACAUCCAAGCGGAUAAUCUAACGUGGCUCAAUGCGGAACGUUGGGCAGGAGUCAAGGUUCCACAAGAUCGAACGAUAGUGCGACGUGUCCUCAGAACAGUAUCAUUGUCCCUAUUCGUAUGCAUGAGUACCAUUUCGAGUUGUGGUAUUAUGGUUGCAAUGGCCCUUAUUGUGUUCAACGUGUGGAAUAACCAUAGAAGAGUAAUCCAAUCAUCUCAUCCUGUAUGCAAUACGAUUAUGUUGAUUGGAGUUAUUACGUGCUUGGCAUCUGUUAUCCUUUUGGGAAUAGACGGACGUUUUAUAAGCCCAGAUACAUACCCUCAGAUAUGCCAAGCAAGAGCGUGGCUUCUUUCAACCGGAUUCACGUUAGCUUACGGUGCUAUGUUCAGUAAAGUGUGGCGUGUUCAUCGAUUUACAACGAAAGCGAAACCCGAUCCGAAGAAAAAAGUCGAACCAUGGAAAUUUUACAUCAUGGUCUCCGGACUAUUAUUUGUAGAUCUCGUUAUUUUAAUUACAUGGCAAGUUAUCGAUCCACUUCAAAGAAGUCUAGAAAUAUUUCCACUAGAGAAUCCUGUUUCAAUAACAGACGAUAUUAAAAUUCGCCCCGAAUUGGAGCAUUGCGAGAGCAAAAGGAAUUCCAUGUGGCUGGGACUAGUUUAUAGCUACAAAGGACUCAUACUCGUGUUCGGCCUAUUCCUGGCAUACGAGACCCGUUCAAUUAAAGUAAAACAAAUCAAUGAUUCCCGUUAUGUGGGAAUGAGUAUAUAUAAUGUUGUUGUCCUAUGCCUAAUAACAGCACCGGUAGCCAUGGUAAUAGCAUCUCAGCAGGAUGCAUCGUUUGCAUUUAUCGCCUUAGCUGUAAUUUUCUGUUGCUUUCUCAGUAUGUUGCUAAUAUUUGUGCCAAAGGUUAUUGAAGUUAUACGACAUCCGAAAGACAAAGCGGAGUCGAAAUAUAAUCCAGAUUCAGGAAUUUCAAAGGAGGAUGAGGAACGCUAUCAGAAGUUGGUCACAGAAAAUGAAGAAUUGCAAAGGCUGAUAGCACAGAAAGAAGAAAAAAUCCGCAUUCUACGGCAGCGUCUAGUCGAACGGGAUGCGGCUGCGAAAGGACAACCAAUCACCGGAAACACAACUGCGGCAGCCCAGCUAGAUGGUAGUGGGGUUGGUGGAGGUGUUGGUCUCGGUGCUGGCAUGAUCGGUGCAGGUGUUGGCGUUACAAUAAACACUCCUACCCCAGCCACAGCAACAUUAGCAAUAACACAAGAUUAGUGUUUCGAAAGCGAAAACCAGUUGACAGGGUCGAAUUUAAAGCUAGAAAGCUGCCAAUAGAAAACAACAUUACACGCCGACAUACAUAGUACCUAAUGUAUAUAGGCACUUUGAUACAAACAUGCAGUUUCCUAUGCUCAUAACAUAUCAAUUCUAUGUGUACAUUUUGCAUAUAUACAUACAUAUAUAGUGGAAAAAGUGAAAAUGGAAUACACUCAACAAACUUUCUUCUUUACAUCUUAAAUUCAGGCUAUAAACUAAGGAACGACAAUCAUUGAAACAUCCAAAACACACUCAACCACACUACACUAACCAAUAUCCAUUUGAUCGAAUUUUUAUGGCAUUUUAUGAACAAGAAUUUUGCGAAAAAAUAAAUAGAAAACUACAAUGAUAACGUUGCAAUUUGAAAUAGUUGUUUACACUCAGUUCAACUAUUCCUUUAGUGUUGAUAAAAUAUCCAAAUAUAUUGCGCAAGUUGCAAUCGGAAAAUAUCUAAAACAUGAUUUUCCAGAAUUGUGCAGCAUAGUUGGAUUUGUCGACUCGUUCUAGUAGAAAAUUUAGCUUCUAGAUACUUUGUUUGUUAUGGAAGUAAAUGUUACAUAUUAGGUUCCAUUAUUAGAUGUCAUGUUAGUAUUUAAUAUAAAGGUAAAUACGACUGAAGCAAAAUUGUCUUCAAAACCAUAAAAAAGAGAAAAACUUGCAUCAAAAUUAUUUAUAAGCCCCGAUAAAAUAAAGAGGAAAACUGACUUAUGUAGUUCAAUGGAAACUAUAAGUGGAAAAAAUAAAUAAAUAUAAAUUUUGUUAAAAAUGAUAAAAGAUAUUAAAUUUUAAUAAACUGGGAAAA